AGGCAACUUUCGAAUCUAGCAACGUUAGAAGGACACCUUGUCGACUUGCAACACUCUGAAGACACGUUUCCUAGGCAACGCUGUAGCAAAAGGCACCUCAGCCUUUUUAGCAUGCGCAUCGGGCGAUGUUUCGUCUGCACCAAUCAGCGGCUUUCCUCGUGAUGACGACAUUGAUGACGCUAUCCCUGCUGGGCGGACUAUUCGCGUACUCACGACUGUCGGGAGUUGGUCGCCGCCUCAGCCCGCUUGCCACCAGAGACGCGACGAUUCCCGACAGAGACGCGACGAUUCCCGACAGGAACACGACGCUGCUCAACAGGGACGCGACGAUUCCAGACAGGAACACGACACUUCCCGACAGGGACACGACGCUUCUAGACAGGGACGCGACGAUUCCCGACAGGAACGCGACGCUUCCCGACAGGGACGCGAGGAUUCCCGACAGGGACACGACGCUUCUAGACAGGGACGGGACGAUUCCAGACAAGGACACGACGCUUCUAGACAGGGACGGGACGAUUCCAGACAGGGACGCGAUGAUUCCAGACAGGGACGCGAUGAUUCCAGACAGGGACACGACGAAAGACGCGACAAGAAACAACACGCAAAGGUAGGGCUAAGUUUGGGAGGUAUAGCUAGCCUCUACCAGGCUUCUGGAGGCAGCUGGAAAGAGCAGAAGUUGGCCAAAUAGGGAAAUAACAUGC